UUUCCGCCUCAUCUCGCAGGUCUUAGUCGACUCCGGUUACAGAGGAUACAUACCUCUGAUUCAGCAUCUUUUUCCCCUCCGUCGCCUUACCCAGAUUCACAGCUUGAUCGGCCCAAAAUGCGGCCCAUUUUGCUCUCCGGCCAUGAACGGUCCCUGAACCAAAUCAAGUUCAACCGCGAUGGCGAUCUUAUCUUCUCCGUGGCUAAGGAUAAAAUUGUGUGCGCCUGGUGGUCGGCCAACGGCGAGCGACUCGGUACCUACAACGGACACCAGGGUGCUAUCUGGACGGUCGAUGUGAGCCCGAACACUCAGAUUCUGGCAACCGGUUCGGCAGACAACACCGUGCGACUAUGGAACGUGAAGACCGGCGAGUGCAUUAAGGUGUGGGACUUCCCUACGGCCGUCAAGCGGGUCGAGUUCACCCCCGAUGGAAGCAGACUCUUGGCUGUGACGGAGAAGCGUAUGGGUUUCUUGGGUACCAUUGCGGUGUUGGACAUCAACUACGGCGAGAACUUGACGGAACAGGCUGAUGAGCCUAGCUUGCGCAUCACCUGCACAGAGAGCAAGGCAACGGUUGCCGGCUGGAGUUACAUGGGCAAGUACAUCAUUGCUGGUCACGAAGACGGCAGUGUCAGCCAGUACGACGGAAAGACCGGUGAGCAGCUGGAGAACGUCCAGGCCCACGAGUUCGACCACCAGAUCAACGACAUCCAGUUCUCCCCCGACCGCACCUACUUCAUCACUGCCUCCAAGGACAAGUCCGCCAAGCUCAUGUCUACCCGUAACCUCGCCAUCCUCAAAACCUACGUUGCCGACACUCCCCUGAACAGCGCCACUAUUACGCCCAAGAAGGACUACGUGAUCCUGGGAGGUGGUCAGGCCGCCAUGGAUGUCACCACGACCUCUGCCCGUCAGGGUAAGUUCGAGGCUCGUUUCUACCACAAGGUCUUCGAGGACGAGAUUGGCCGUGUCCGCGGUCACUUCGGUCCCCUCAACACUGUUCACAUCCACCCCGCCGGUACUGCCUACGCCUCUGGUGGUGAGGACGGUUACGUCCGUGUGCACCACUUCGACAAGCCCUACUUCGACUUCAUGUACGAGGUCGAGCGCGAGCAGCUGAGGAAGUGAAGUGUGUGACG